UAUAAAAGCUCACCUCAGCUGAUGUCUUCCAUAUAGUGCAUUGACAAUACUGAACAUUAUGCCGUCGCCUUGCCGAUGGAGCUAUUUUGGGAUAUAUCUGUGUCUUUUUCUUCUGGAUUGUUAUUGGCAAACGGUGUCUGGGCAGCUCUCCUAUUCCGUCUCAGAGGAGCUAAACCCGGGGAGUCCGGUUGGAAAUAUCGCAAAGGAUCUAAACCUUAAUUCACAAGAGUUGGAACCCCGUAUGUUCCAGAUUGUUGCUGGAUCAAAAAGGAAACAUUUCGAGGUAAAUCUAAAGACUGGUGUUCUGUACGUCAGUGAGAGAAUAGACAGAGAGGAGCUCUGUGCAGAGGAACUGAAAUGCUCAGUAAGUGUGGAGGCUGUAAUUAAUAACCCUUUGAAGCUUUAUCGUAUUGACGUAGAGAUUUUAGAUGUAAAUGACAACGCCCCAUUGUUUACAACCAAAUUACAGAAUUUUUAUAUAGCAGAGAGCACGUUACCAGGAGUGAAAUUCGCAUUAUCUGAAGCAAGUGAUGCAGAUGUAGGGAGGAACGGAGUCAGUACUUACAAAUUGAGCCAGAAUGAGCAUUUCUCGCUGGCUGUGCACAAAGCAGGGGAUCGUGCGUCUGCUGAGUUAGUGCUGCAGAGAGCAUUAGACCGAGAGAAGCAGUCUGUCAUUAUCAUGACGCUCACGGCUAUAGAUGGAGGGAACCCUGCGAAAUCAGGCACCUCACAACUUAUUAUUAAUGUUUUAGAUAUUAAUGAUAACAUUCCGAUAUUCAGUGAAACGUUGUAUAAAACAAGAAUUCCCGAAAACACCCCCGUGGGUACAACAGUAAUCGCUGUGAACGCCACUGACGCAGAUGACGGCCUGAACGGUGAGAUUGUGUAUUCGCUGAGAAGCAAAGAUCAAGAUCGGGUGCUUGAUAUAUUUGAAAUUGACAGUCAAACUGGUGUCAUUAAGGUAAAAGGCAACAUAGACUUUGAGGAGAGAAAGGCGUUUGAGAUACGCGUGGAGGCAAGUGAUAAAGGCCAGCCUUCCAUGUCGGCUCACUGCAAGGUGCUGGUAGAAGUGGUGGACCUGAACGACAACGCACCUGACAUCACUGUGACGUCACUGCACAACACAGUGAAGGAGGACGCGGGUGUCGGCACCGUGGUGGCGCUGGUGUCAGUCCUCGAUAGAGAUGGAGGGAAAAACGGUGAAGUGAAAAUCCAGAUUAAAAACGAAGUGCCAUUCAAUCUCGAGACAAACUACAAAAACUAUUAUUCUUUGUUAGUUGCCGGACCCCUCGACAGAGAGACCGUCACUAGAUACAACGUCACUAUCGUAGCCACAGACUCAGGAUCCCCGCCUCUCUCCAGCACCAGUGUAGUUUCUAUACGAGUUUCCGAUGUGAACGACAACGCGCCGCUGUUCUCAGAGCCGCUGAUUAAUGUGUACGUGAACGAGAACAGUCCAGUGGGAGCAGUUAUUAAUAAGGUGACUGCUACUGAUGCGGACAUUGACCAGAACAGUCACGUGAGCUUCUCGUUUUUACAAAGUAACAGUAACCCACUACCGUUAUCUACAAUGGUGAACAUCAACUCAGAGACAGGAGAUAUAGUCAGUUUGCAGUCUUUUAACUUUGAGGAGUUGAAAACGUUUCAGUUUAAAGUUCAGGCCACAGACUCUGGUGUUCCUCCGCUCAGCAGCAACGUAACUGUCAACGUUUUUAUCCUGGAUGAGAAUGACAACAGUCCUUCGGUUCUUUCUCCGUAUUCUGAGCACGGCUCCGUUAACAGUGAGAGCAUCCCCUAUUCUGCUGAAGCCGGAUACUUUGUGGCAAAGAUCAGGGCUGUAGACGCAGACUCUGGAUACAACGCGCUGCUUUCGUAUCACCUCUCUGAGCCCAAAGGAAACAACCUCUUCCGGAUCGGAACCAGCACCGGGGAAAUCAGGACUAAGAGGAGAAUGAGUGACAAUGACCAGAAAACUCACCCCUUGGUGGUGCUGGUUUCUGAUAACGGAGAACCCUCCCUGUCAGCUACUGUGUCUAUAGAUGUGGUGGUGGUUGAGAACACAGCUGACAUCCAGACUCAGUUCAGACAUGUGCCCACAAAGGACGAUGGCUUCUCUGAUUUAAACCUGUAUCUGCUGAUCGGCAUCGUGUCGGUGUCAGUCAUCUUUCUGCUGAGCCUCAUCACUUUAAUAGCAGUCAAAUGCCACAGGACAGACAGCAGUUUCAGCAGGUACAGCGCCCCAAUGAUCACCACCCACCCUGACGGGAGCUGGUCUUACUCUAAUGCUACUCAGCAGUAUGACGUCUGCUUCAGCUCAGACACGCUCAAGAGUGACGUAGUGGUUUUCCCCGCACAGUUUCCGCCUGCAGAUGCGGAGCUGAUCAGUAUAAACGGAGGAGAAACUUAUGGCAGGACACAGACUUUACCCACCAAGGAAAAGGUGAGUGAACAGUGA